AUGGGCUACAGCAGCACGACCGAACUCUUCGUUGAGUGGGCAGUUGGCCUGGUCAUCAUUGCUGUUCGUCUCUAUGCUCGCUGGACCCUGGGGAAGCAGAACUUUUACUGGGACGACUUAUGCCUUGGCUUUGUCACGAUAUUCUGGACCUUCCACACGGUUUUUCUGUAUCUUUGCACAGAUGUCUACGGAUCCAACAUCGGCUUGAACGAACAGACUGCCCUCGAGGUGCCGGAUGACCAGGUCGAGGACUUGCGCGAGGGCUCUAUCUAUGCCUUCAUUGCCUGGCUUUCCUACAUCUUCUUGGUGUGGUCGUUCAAAGGUGUCCUUAUUUUCCUCUACAGUCGAUUGACAAUGGGUCUCUGGCACCAUCGCUUAUUAAUCGGAGUCGGUAUCGGCUCUAUCGCCACCUUCUUUGCCUCGUUGUUCUUCCACCUCUUCAUUUGCUUGCCUGUUAGCAGGAGCUGGCAGGUCAAGCCCUAUGCUGGCGACACCAACAUCCAACAUCAGCAAGGCCCCAACCCACAAUCUACACCAUCUGGCCCGGGCAAUUCACUCAUUUUUGCCAACAGAACAGACAUAGCCAUCAUGGCCGUUCCAAUACCGCUUGUCCUCGCCGCCCGAAUCGCGCUCUCACAAAAGAUCGUACUCUGCGCGCUUUUCUCCUCCGGCAUCUUCGUCAUGAUCGCCGCCAUUCUCCGCGCUUACUACUCCGUCACGGAUAUUGACGAGCUCUCGAUCGCCCUUGGUUGGGCCUCCCGCGAGGCUCUCGUCUCUGCGAUUAUUGUCUGCGCUCCGGGGAUAAAGCCGCUUCUGACGAGGAUUGGGUUCUUCCGGUCUUACGGGUCGUCUAACGGGUUAAGUAAUUACAAUUAUGGAGAUACACCCGGGUCGAAGUCAAGGUCGAAGUCCAAGUCGCGGAAUACGGGCACGAUGUUCACUUCGAGGAGUAAGAAGAACGAUAGUGUUUUGCAGACCGUUACCGAUUACACGGAACGGGACAAAGACGGACGUGCGCAUCCGUAUGAACUGUCGCGCCUGGAGCGCAGGAAGCGCAAGGGCUCGUCGGGCGAGAGCCAGGAGUAUAUUAUCGAAUCUGGCGAAGGAAAUACGAAUCCGCCUUCUACCACGCCCGGGAGGAGUGAGCGUGAUGGCAGCCCGGAUCAAGGCAUUCUGGUUACUACUGAUGUGAUGCUUGCACGUGAAGAGGCCUGAUGGCCUUGGAAGGCGUGGUGGGUUGAUUUAUAGGGAUUGGGAAAAGACUUCAUUUCUUGGUACAGAAUUAUGUUUGAUCUUUUUCUCCUCUCCCGCCUUGUAACUUUAUUGUCCUCUUUACCUCUUUUACCUCUUUUACCUCUUUUACCUCUUUUACCUCUUUUACCUCUUUUACCUCUUUUACCUCUUUUACCUCUUUUACCUCUUUCGAUUCCCUUUACCUCUUUCCUUACCUCUUUUUAUUAUUUUUCUUUUCCUUUUCUGUUCUACGGGAAACGUUCGGUCACAAAGAUGCUAUGGCAGAAUAUGUAAUACUAGGUAAUUUCCAGAACCUAAUAUAUUCAAAUCAAGAACUCA